AACUAUUGUCUUAAUUCAUGAAUCCACGCACGCUUUGUGUUCCGUAUAUAUGCGUAGCUCAGCCAUAUCAUUCUUCAGAGUGCAGCGUUCAAGUAUUCGAUCAACUGCAUUCACAAUCUCACCCCUUCUACAUCUCCUUCAUUUGGUCACUGAUCCAAAAUGGAUACUUUUGAGGGAUCCGACAACAAACCCGUGUCAGUUGGGCCAUGGGGAAGCCACAACGGACUCAUUUGGGACGACGGAGUUUACUCGACUGUGAAGCAGCUGGUGAUAACUCAUGGUGCUGCCAUUGAUUCCAUCCAGAUUGAGUAUGAUGAGAAAGGGAACUCAUUUUGGUCAGACAGGCACGGUGGCAAUGGAGGCUGGAAAACUGACAUGGUGAAGCUUGCUUCUCCAGAAGAAUUUUUAACUUCAAUUGAGGGAUAUUACGGUAAGAUAAGCGAAUGGGGACCGGUCACAGUUCGAUCUCUUACUUUCAAGAGCAACAGAACAACUUAUGGACCGUUUGGGAUCGAACAAGGAACCUAUUUUUCACUCCCGGAGACAGCUGCGAAUAGUAAGAUUGUUGGGUUCCAUGGCAUGUCUGGCUGGUAUCUUGAUUCAAUAGGCGCUUACCUAAAGCCCCUUGAUCGGAAUGAACAAAACCAGCACGCGAAAACUCUGCUUCAGACACAGUUCAAUUACCUGACUGUUGAUACUGAUCAGAACCUUGCUGGCUACUCAUUAAUCCAAAACUGUGAUGUGUUUUUCGCUAUAAGACCGAAGGACAACUCCACUACUAAACCAGCUGCAGUACCAGCACCAGCACCAGUACCCAAAAUGCUCUCAGGGCAGUUUUCUGAUUCCGAAUUAAGUGAUGCAGGAACCAAACGUAAGCUGAUGACGAAUAUUGAGAAGUUUCCCUCGAAAGUUGAAGGGGUGGUAGCAUAUGGUCCCUUCGGAGGAACGGGUGGUACUGUAUUUGAUGAUGGAAUUUAUACGGGGAUUAGACAAAUCAAGUUAUCAAGAAACAUCGGAGUUGUAUACAUUAAGGUUCAGUAUGACUGCAAUGGUGAAGCCGUUUGGGGAGGCAGACGUGGAGGGACUGGAGGAUAUAAAAGUGACAAGAUAGUUUUUGACUAUCCGAACGAGAUCUUGACGCAUAUAACAGGAACAUUCGCGCCUACAAUGGUGAUGGGGCCUAGUGUCAUCAAGUCCCUCACUUUCCACACCACGAAGAAGCAGCACGGGCCAUAUGGAGAAGAACAAGGAGCCUGUUUCACCACCAAGCUUAAAGAAGGGAAAAUCGUCGGAAUUCAUGGGAGGAGCGGUCUGUUCUUGGAUGCUCUUGGGGUCCAUGCCAUAGAAGGAAAGGUGCAUGUUGUAGAGACAAAGGCACCAACUGUUACAAAUACUCCCAAUGUUCCUAACGGCCACACUGACAGAAAUAAGACCCCAACUGCCACAAAUACUCCUAAUAUUCGUAACGGUCACAGUGACCACAAAAAGACACCAACUGUGACAAAUACUCCUAAUACUAGCACUGCAAUGGUCCCAAAGGCGCCUGCAGGGGCAAUUACUGAGAUAGAUAAUCCUCACUGGACAAAUAAACUACUGAUGACAAACAGAGGAAAAGUCGAAGAGGUUGCUUGUGGGGUGAUAAAAGAACCAGCUCCGUGUGGACCGGGACCUUGGGGCGGAGAUGGAGGUAGACCAUGGGAUGAUGGAGUGUUUUCCGGGAUUAGGCAGAUUCAUUUGACAAGAGCAGCAGAAGGCAUUUGCUCAGUGCAGAUUGAGUAUGAUCGAAACGGUCAAUUUAUCUGGUCUGCUAAGCAUGGAGGCGAUGGAGGAACUUCCCCACAUAGAAUAAAAUUGGAGUACCCUCAUGAAGUGAUCACCUGCGUAUCUGGAUAUUAUGGUUGCGUAAGCAAUGGCGAGGGACAUAAAAUCAUGAAGUCGCUGAGUUUUUAUACAAGCAGAGGGAAGUACGGUCCGUUUGGAGAAGAAGUUGGGACAUUCUUCACUUCGACCGCGACGGAGGGUAAGGUGGUGGGCUUCCAUGGGAGGAGCAGCCUGUAUUUGGACGCCAUCGGAGUUCACAUGCAGCAUUGGCUGGGAAGUGGUCAGAAAACAAGCUUCAAACCCUCCUUCUUCAAGAAGUAUUGAUCAAACGUCUCAAGCAAUAAUCGGAGUUCAUACAGCUGGGAAAAUAAAUAGUUUUUCACUCGUGAAUGAUAUUUGUUUGAUUAAAAAGCACAAGAGAAGCCUUUCUGAUUGUUUUGGGUCAUUUUCUUAUGUGGUUUAGUUGGUCUUGUCAUUUAAGUGAGUCGAACUUUAGACUAUCUUAAUCGAACUAUGGUCGUGCCA